AUGGGUAACUGUCUCACUCGUCUGGAGGCUGAAAUGGUUUCGCCUCCUCCCAUUCCUGGAGAUUGGAAAGACCUUGGACCUCGAAAAGCUAUCCUUCGCAGUCCACAGCAUGUACAGGCUAGAAGAAGAUGUAGGAGAGAGGGUAGGAGUGAUAGACAUGAAGAGGGGAAUAGACUGCUUUUAGCAAGAAGGGAAACAUCGAGUGGCAUUGAGGGUCUAACCUUUGAUUAUGCGGGGAGACCUGUUUGGAGGGACCCAAGACUGCAGACGCACGACUCCGAUGACAGUGAUGUUGCGAAGGCUGAGGAUAUUGAGGAGACACUAUAG